GUGGCUCAUUGUCAGGACAGCAGCAGGCCAGAGAGAUCGGUACAGGAGCUAGUAUCCAGCCUAACACACAGCUACUGCACUUCUGCCACAGUACAGAGGACAGAGAGGUUGAGCCUACACUGAGCUGGUAAAUGAUGGACACAGACAUUCUAGGUUUCAGAUCAGACAGGAGGAGUCCUCAUAGGGAAGACCUGAGACCUGUCUCUCACCACAGUCUUUAUCUGAGCCCACCUCCACUCUACCUGAACCCGCCCAAACUCUUCCUCGUCCCGACCAGAGAGGCCUACAGCCCCCUGACUCACCAUCGCCCCCUGGGCUCUGAGGGCAUUCAUUACACCCAGAGGGAAGGCUCCCAAAAAUGCAAAAGAACUCCACAAACAAUUGAGGGUUCCGAAUCCCCUACAGGAGACAUGGAGGAGGUGGAGUGUCAAGGCAACACCAGGACUGUUGAUCUCUCCCACCUUCCGUUCUCCCUCCCUCCUCGCCCACGUCUCCCUCCCUCUCCCAUGCCCAUCCCAGAUAUGAUCGACCUGAGCCAUCUCCAGCUGCACCACAGGGCUCUGUCCAGAUAUGAGCCACCUAUGGGCCUCCCGUUUCAGGUGAAACAGGAACCACUCAGCCCCUCACCUGUGUGGCCACCCUCUCCUCUCCUCCGCCACCACCCUCCUCCCCCGUUCUUCCCCCUUCUCCACCCCAGCCUCCUCCCCUUCCCCUUCUUCAUGCCUGGGCCCAUCAUGCACCUCUCUCCUGGAGCCUUCUACCCCAGAGAUGCACUCAGACCUAGUCGGCGCAGCCCAGACGGAGGCCCCCGAGGUGGGAUGACCAGCACUGAGAAGCUGGGUCUCAACAUCCACAUUGACGACAGCUACCACGUAGAUAUAGGAGGAGAUCAGAAGCGUUGGAAGUGCCGUAUGUGUGAGAAGUCGUACACAUCCAAGUAUAACCUGGUCACACACAUCCUGGGCCACAGCGGGAUCAAGCCUCACGGCUGUCAUCUGUGUGGGAAUCGGUUCAAGCAGCUGAGCCACCUGCACACUCACCUGCUCACCCACCAGGGCACACGGCCACACAAGUGCCAGGUGUGCCACAAGGCCUUCACCCAGACCAGCCACCUGAAGAGACACAUGAUGCAGCACAGUGACGUGAAGCCAUACAGUUGUGGGGUGUGUGGGAGGGGUUUUGCCUAUCCUAGUGAGCUGCGGGCCCAUGAGCUGAAGCAUGAGAAAGGCCAGGAGAAUGUGUGUGUGGAGUGUGGUUUGGACUUCCCCACUCUGGCCCAGCUCAAGAGACACCUGACAGCCCACAGAGGACCCACCCUUUACAGGUGUAGUGAGUGCCAGAAGAGCUUCCAGUACCCCAGCCAGCUACAGAACCACAUGAUGAAGCACAAAGACAUCCGGCCAUACAUCUGCAGCGAAUGUGGCAUGGAGUUUAUACAGUCCCAUCACCUCAAACAGCACACACUUACACAUAAGGGGGUGAAGGAGCACAAGUGUAGUAUCUGUGGUCGGGAGUUCACCCUCUUGGCCAACAUGAAGCGCCACGUCCUGAUCCAUACUAACAUCCGGGCCUACCAGUGCCACCUCUGCUUCAAGAGCUUUGUUCAGAAACAGACCCUCAAGGCCCACAUGAUCGUCCACUCUGACAUCAAACCCUAUAAAUGCAAGCUGUGUGGGAAGGAGUUCAACAGAAUGCAUAACCUGAUGGGCCAUAUGCACCUGCACUCUGACAGCAGGCCCUUCAAGUGCCUCUACUGCCCCAGCAAGUUCACGCUGAAGGGGAACCUCACCCGCCACAUGAAAGUCAAACACGGGAUCAUGGACAUGGGCCUGAAUGCAAGAGUGUUCAGGCGGCGGGGGCGGUUCUGCUUGUCGGCCCCUCUGGGUCUUCUGACCCGCUACAGCCAGGAGGAACCUUUUGACCUCUCCCAGAAGCCCCGGCCGCCGCAGCCCAGCCUGCGCCUCUCCCAGUCGGAUGGGGAGAGCGUCCCACGGAGCUCCUGUCAGGAGGAAGAGGAGGAAGACAGCCUGUACAGGAGGAGCCAGUGCAGCCCUGAGGUCUACCAGCACCACACUGGGGGGCAGGGGUACAGGUCUGAGACAGAUAGACAGGUGUAUGGACAGGACAUGGAGACAGGUGGACAGGUGCAUGGACCGAAAAUAGAGACAGGUGGACAGGUGUAUCCGCCUAGGGCAGGUGAAGAGGUUUAUCAGCCUGUGUCAGAGCCAGGUGAUGCAGAGGAACAGGUGUACCAGCGUGUGACAGGUAGACAGGUCUAUGACUCUGACUCCGAGCUGGAAGACCAGCUGUAUCAACAAGAGGCAGGUGGACACCACAUCGGUGACAAGGUGCGUUUCCCUGGGUCAGGUAAUACAGGUAAACAUGUGUACCACUCAGAUUCAGAGUUAGAUGAGCAGUUGUAUCAGCCUGACCCAGACCAGCUAGAGAUAGGUUAUCAGGUGUACCAUUCUGACCCAGGUGAAGAGAUGAUUGACACACCUGAACCAUGUGAAAGAGACUACCACUCAGACCCAGGUGCUCAUUAAAAGAAACCAUAGGGCCUGAUGAGGAGAAAGAAUAAGAUUUGGUAAGAGCUGGGAGCAGGGUAGAGGAAGAACAUAGGAAGAAGGAUAGACGUUCUUAGCAAGAGGAGUAGGAGUAGUGAAUAGGCUACUGUGCUGAAGAGAAGAGGGUUGAGAACUAUUCCAAAAGGGGAGGGGAGAUAAUUAAGUAGUAACUUGAAUAAGCUGUGAAGAGUAUUGUAUUUCAGACUGAUAGGACUGACAAUACUUGUGCAUGUGAAAAUAUGUGUCUUUAAGAAAACGUUAGGCUUAUAUCAGGGUGAAAUUGUGCUGUAAAUAAAAUGCAAAUUAUUUAGAAAAUAUGAAUACAUUUUGUCUUAAAUUGUUACUUUUUAACUAGUACUUUUAUAAUGCCAAUCUGUAAUUAAUGAGCAUGGGAUUUCAAUGUGAUAACAUUCAUUUAUCUUUUGUAAUGCUAGUUUAAAAUGAUUUUCAGUCUGUAAAUUGUGUUGUUUUGUUGUGUGAUGUAAUGAGCCAACAAAAGUUCUCAUCUAAUGAGGGAAGCCAUGGUUUUGUGAUUUCUUGUAAACAUUUGAAAUAAAUGAAACUGUCUGUAA